UGGCGUAUGUGGUCCAACAGCUGACAGCUCCAGCUGAUAAUGGCGUGAGAUCGCAGUUCGAUAACCCGGGAAGAUACCAGAGAUAAGGGCACUCAGAGAAGCCGCCGGCCACGCCUAUUCUCAGGCACAGCAAGAGGAGGAAGACAGUGACUCCGGGUCAAUAUGGCUUCGCAGUGGAAUGUCUACGAGAGCUUCCAAGCUCUCCUGCAGGCUGGGCCAUACCACCUGGCGCUGGAGGGCGUCCUGGUCAUGUGCAUCAUCUGGCUCUUCACCGCCAAGAAGCAGCCCUCCAAGCUCAUCAGGCUCACCAAGAAGGAAGAAGAGGAGCUGAUAGCAGAAUGGAUUCCUGAACCACUGGUGCCAAACCCACCCAAGGAUGACCACCCGUCACUCCACACCCGCACAGUCUACGGCAAGCCUGGACACUACUUGGAUCUGGGAUCUGGACAGAAACUACUCAACUUGGGCACUCACAAUUACCUCAACCUGGGUGAGCGGCCCGAGGUAGAAGCUGCUGCCCUGGAGUGCCUGCACAAGUAUGGGGUUGGGUCGUGUGGUCCUCGUGGCUUCUAUGGCACUACAGAGGUUCACCUGAAGUUGGAGGAUAGGCUGGCAGAUUUCUUCAACUGUGAGAAGGCUGUACUAUAUUCCUACGGCUUCUCCACCAGUGCCUCUGCUAUCCCAGCCUACGCCAAAAGUGGAGACAUUAUCUACGCGGAUGAAAUGGUCAACUUUGCCCUCCAGCGCGGACUGCAAGCCAGCAGGAGUCGUAUUGUCUAUUUCCGGCACAACGAUGUGGCUCACUUGGAGGAACUUCUCCAAGAACAAGUUCGCCUUGACAAAAAGGACCCAAAGAAAGCCAACGCAACACGCAAAUUCAUGGUAAUUGAAGCCAUUUACAUGAACUCUGGCAAGAUGUGCCCUCUGCCAGAUUUAGUGAAGCUACGACAGAAGUACCAGCUGCGUCUCUAUAUCGACGAGUCUAUUACGUUUGGUACUUUAGGGCCCAAUUGUCGAGGAAUCACCGACUACUACAAUAUACCGAUGAAGGAAGUUGACAUGAUCAUGGCUACAUUGGAAACAUCAGCAGCCAGUUCAGGCGGGUUCUGCGUGGGAACAGAAUUUGUUAUCGAGCACCAGCGUUUGUCUGGUCUUGGCUAUUGCUUCUCGGCAUCCCUACCCCCCAUGAUGGCUGCUGCUUCUAUUAAGGUGCUGGACAUCCUUGAAGCCGAGGGCCCAGAUAUGGUGGUGGAGCUGCAUGACAAGUGCCGGCAGAUGCAGGACGCACUUUCCAAGCUUCACGCCAAGAUUGAAGUUAGCGGCGAGGAUAUUAGUCCAGUGAAGCAUCUGAGAUUGGUGGAGACUUCCGCUAAUAGAGAAACAGAUGAUGCCAUUCUGCGAAAGAUUGUGGACAAGGCGGAAAGUUACGGUGUGGCUCUAACCUUGGCGUCAUACUUAUGGGAGAAAGAAGCAAAUCCUCCGCCACCCUCAAUUCGUAUCACAGUGAACAAAGAUUUGACGAGAGAGGAGAUGCAGAAAGCUAGUGAGGCCAUACGGAGAGCUGUGACCGACGUGUUGGAGUAACUGUCAUGUCACGUGAGCUAUUUAAUGUUGGAGCCCAUAACUACUUUUCAAAUUUAAAGCUAUAUAGUUAAAAUUUUCAAGUUCAGUUUUGCUGGAAACAUAAAUUUAACUUGCUUUUAAGAAGUAACAUAAAUUUGACUUGCUUUUAAGAAGUAACAUAAAUUUAACUUGCUUUAAAGAAGUAUUUCAAUGCCAUUACAUACAAGAGAUGGAAGUGGACAAAUGAGGGUUAUCAUUACCUGUACGCAGUCGGAAGCAUAAUCACUGAUGAAAUAAGGCUAUGAUAUUUGUCAGUAUUUGUGUAUCUAUUUUGGCCCUAUGUGCUGAUAAGUAGAAAAGUUGAAGCACUCUGUUCUCUGGAUCAGUGCUCCAAAUAAAAGUAACAGAGCCUAGGGGGAGCAAUAGAAUAAGAAAACUGGCACAUGUUUAACAUGUAUAUUUAACAGUCAAUGUUCCAACCUGCUAGAACUAUUUAGCCACAUUGUCGCUAAUAGCCCCCAA